AGUACUCUGCUUUCUAGACUGCAUCUGUCUUGUGGGCUAGCCGCCCCUCCAAAACAAGUGCUACCUAGGGUCUGGGGAAAUCUCUUGUUCCAGACUGCUACGUAGCUUUACGAUUCCUGAUGGCUGAAUACUCAAAUAAUAUUCCCGUGUUCUGUUUUUGUCGUGCGCCUAGGUCAAGAGAUCAAUGCCUCAGACAGACAAGCAAGUAUGCAUCCCACCGGAGCUGCCGGAACUGCUAAAGCAGUUUACCAAGGUUGCCAUUCGGACCCAGCCUCCGGAUCUCAUCCAGUGGGCCGCCGAAUAUUUCGGGGCCAUGUCCCGUGGAGAGAUUCCUCCAGCAAGAGAGAGGUCUGAGCAAGUCACUUUGUCCAACUGGGCUGAGCUGACCCCUGAGUUGCUGAAGGUCCUGCACUCUCGGGUUGGUGGCAGACUGAUCAUCCAUGCCGACGAGCUGGCCCAGAUGUGGAAAGUGCUGAAUCUCCCAACAGAUCUGUUUAACAGUGUGAUGAAUGUGGGUCGCUUCACGGAGGAGAUUGAAUGGCUGAAGUUUUUAGCUCUUGCUUGUAGCUCCCUUGGAGUCACCAUUGCCAAAACUCUCAAGAUAGUGUGUGAAGUCUUAUCCUGUGACCAUGAUGGAGGACCACCCCGGAUUCCUUUCAGCACCUUCCAGUUUCUCUACACAUACAUCGCUGAGGUGGAUGGGGAGAUCUCUUCAUCCCAUGUUAGCAGGAUGCUCAACUAUAUUGAACAAGAAGUAAUUGGUCCUGAUGGCUUAAUCAAGGUGAAUGACUUCACUCAAAACCCUAGGGUUCGGCUGGAAUAAGAGCACAAUUCUGGCAGUUUUAAAGGAAGAUACAGAGGUGUCAUUCAGCAUAGCUGAACACCAUCCAAAGUCAAUUUUCUUUUACAGCUGGCACAACUAAUAAACAAUUAGCCAGGAACGUGUGGAAUUCAGAUGUAAAGUUGUUGGGGCAAGACACUUGCAUAUGGUGCGAAGGUGGCUGACAAAGCUCGGCUACAAAACACAUCUCAAGUCAAAGCCAGAUUGGAUUUUAAAAGGCAGGAGGCCGACUGAUGUGAUUUUGAUGCUUUGUGAUUGCUGGUUGUCGUGUC